UCGAAACGAAAAACUCAUACAGCAUCUGAGAUCAAGAGAGAAAGAGAGAAAAACCACACACAGAAAAAAAUACACAGUAAUACAGAGAAAUACGAAAAUAUGUACAUACAACGAUUUGCAACAGCUUCAUGAAUGGAACGGACGGACCGAUUGUUGCUUCACUGAGUGAAUUUUUUUCAUUUCCAUUCAAUCCGAAUGGAAUUCGCAUUUAAAACGCGUGUGUGCUGCGCUGCUUGGCUUCGUGGUGCUCAUCUCAGUUUUCACUUGUUGUCGUAGGAAAAAAAAACGAAGCAUCGUUUUACUUUUACACACGAAAUAAAAGAAAGAACACUGCAACACAACAAGAACAAGGAGAAGAAAAAUUUGGUGUUUUUUUCUCUCUCUCUCUCAAAACGCUUCUAUUGCCACAACAAACUAGACAUAAUUUAAUUUUGAGUUACAAAUUGGUUUUCUUUUUGUUUGUUUCGUGAAACAACAACAACAAAAAAUCGUACUGAGAGAAGAAUAACACAUUCCAUUACAAGAAUUUUACCAAGUGCUGUGCGUGUUAUGUAUUUUCUUUUUGUGUAUACAGAAAAAAAUAACAAAAAAACUGAAACAAAAUCAAAUUAAAGACGAGAAAUUAACGCGGUGAAUUCAAAUAAAAUACUGAACAACAAAGAAUUUAAAAAAAAAUGACAAAACAUCAUCACAUCAAAUGAACCAACAAACACGGUGUGAAUAAAAUCUAUAAAUUCGACAAUAAAAAACAAAUAAAGAUUUUAAUCCCUAGACAAAUAAACGAAACACAAUUCAAAGGCAGAUAUAUAUAUUUUGUGAAAAGAGAGAUUUGUGAAGUGUUGUAUCAAAGCGCUUUGAGUUGCGCCACAGUUUUCAAUGGGAAUAAACUGAAUAGAGUAAUCGAAACCGUUUUUUUCCUUCUUUUAAACACAAAGUAACACAUAAGAAUAAAGAUAUAAAAUUAAACCGAAAAUAGAGUCGUUAAACAAGAGCUUCGCAUUUUAACACAGAAGAAGAACGCUUUUUUGCUAAAAAGCACAUUGAAUUGAGCCAAGCACCUCAAUUCACGCGCGGCCGAAAAAUGCCAAAUAAAAUAUUAUCAGUGGGCAACAUGCAACAAAAACACCAUAUCCAAAUCAUUUGAGGGUCGUCAAACAUUUACAUUUAUUUUCUGACCCCAGUCAUAUAGAAAAAAAAACCCAAACUCAGUCCAACAAGAUAAAAGUAUUAAGUGAAAAUUUUCUAACCGAAAUACCGCGACCCAAUUACAUCACGUUAUCGCAACAACCAUAUCAACAACAAAAAAAUAAAUCAGUUUCCAUCAGAUAGAAAGAGAGAAGCGCUAAACACACAAAUUCACACAUCAACGCCAUUCCGUUGUUGACUCAACAUUUUCAUUUUUUUUGUUUAGAAAAUAACCUCACAUGUGGCUUUCAACUCGAAUAUUUUCGAGUUUGAUGAAUGAAGCACAUUCUCAUCAGCAAACGAAAAUAUUCAUCAUUCGUCUAAAUAUCUAUUGAGAGCAAAAGCAAGCACACACACAAAUACAUACACGCCAAAACGCCCAGUGGUCAUUUUCACUCGCAAAAAGAAGACACACUGAAACCAACUCCUUCAACAACAAAAAAAGCAAUAGCAACCAACAGUGACUAAUAAAAAUAGCCACUUAAGACAAGAACAAUCCCGCAGUUUCGUUGAUAAGAGUUAAUUUGUGUUAUUUUCAUUUCAAUUUUCAUUUCUCGGGUGAGAAGCGUACUAAAUUAGACAACAAACCAAAAUCAUGAAAAAGAUUAGAGUAGACUCAGCAUUGUAUGGCAACGUGAUUUUAAUAGUAAUUUUAGCUAGUAAUAUCUGGUCAUCACACGGACAAAAUGUUAAUCCGCCACACGACGAUGCAGCAGAUUAUGUUGGACCCGGUGGCGGUGGUAGCGGCGGCGGCGGCAAUGGUGCUGCUGAUGGAGACAGAGUUGCGAGUAGCGGUGAAGUGAUGGCGUCACGUUUGCCCGUGCUCAAUGAGCAUGAGCCCAGCUGCGAGGAGCUCAAAGCCAUGUGGAGGUUUUCAAGGCGUCAAUCACGAACAUCGGAAAUGUCGAAUGAAUUGCCCACAUAUCGUGACCCAUUCAAGCAUAACAUUUGGGAUCCGUAUUAUCCAACAAUGCGAAGUGUGAACAGAGGACGUGCCACACCUCGUUAUUUUGGCAGUCGAUCGCCAAUGCAACCGACAUACGGCACGAUUAAUUAUAAAGCGCCGGAAAAGACGCGUUUGCCCGUUGGCCGAACGAGGUCAUUCAAUUACAAUGAUCUAUCGCGCAUCUACAGCAAAACCGAAAUUCAAAAAGCCGGCCGAGAGCCAUACAAUUGGGCCGCCGCUGCAAUUGCCAAUCGCAAUAAUAACAACAACAAUGAUUCAUUGUCACGGCGUCGAACCCAGUUUCGAAACGGUGGCCGUGUGCAAACACACAAUGUGCCGUUGAAUUCAAUAUUAACGCCACAGAAGGGCAGCUUUCAGCGGCUCAAGGAGCUCAUUUGGAAUGAACGUGCCCGUGAAUUGGCACAGCAACGUCGCAACGAGGAAAUGAUCGCACGAGCAGCUGUACUCAAAGAAUUAACCAACGGCCAAAGGUUCAAACGGAGCAUUUUCUACUAUUAAUUUCGUGCGGAGUAAACUGAGCGAACAAGAAAGAGAGAGAGAGAGAGGGCGAAACCACAUAUACAUAUACACACAUAGAAUGUGUGGCUGGCUUAUCUGGGCUCAAGCUGAGCUUAAUUUUGCUGUAAUAAAUGUUGUACACCAGAAUCGCGCGGCGGCUAAAUUUCCAACUUUUUUUUUCAAAACAGCUUUUAGUCUAUACCGAAAGUGUUUUAUUUCUGUUCUUGUCAUUUUAUUUGUUCACAUGUUUUUUGAUGAAAUAUACAAAACAAAAAAGACAAUAAUUUUCUUCUCGACACAGCAAAUGUGUUGUGAGAAUAAAAAAAAAAGAGAGAAAGAAUGAAACGCCACCAAUGACAAUAAAUACGGAGCAAGCAAGUUUUGUUUUUUUUUUUUCGUUCGCGCUACAAAACAAAAUGAAAACAAUAAAUAGAGAAAAUCAAAUUUUAGGACUUCUCAAGGGGAAAAAAGAAGAAGAAAAAACAAACACUAAUUUUUAUCGAUUUAAGAACGAAAAUGUACUUAUGGAAUUCUUCUUUAUACUACAUUUAUUUGAUUUUAUAUUUUUUUUUUUGCUUGACAAAAACUCUUAAUGAUACAUUUUAAUGAUAUUCACUCUAUGUAUUAUACUCCACACGUGACAGAUGCUGCAAUUUUAUGUUGUGACGUUAAUUCCCGUUCGCAUGCACAGAUUUACUCAGCUGGUUCCACCACCGCCACCACCUCCACAUCAUUCACCCAAGCUGAUGUAUGUGUGCGUGCGUGCGUGCGUGCAUUGAGUGAGUGGGUAAAUUUGUGUGUCGGAUUCGAAGAUGUAACAUCUGUCAUCGUAUGUUCAUAUAUGCUCUUAUGUUCCAUAAAAAUAUAUUAUACACACAUCGCAAAACGCGCCAAAUAUUAGGAAGAAUAUGACGAAGAACGACGACGAUAAUAACUUAAAAAUAAAAUGAAAUAAGAAAAAAAAACAAAUAUGGUCAAUUACAAAAGUAACAACAUAAACAAAAUCUUAUGACGUUUUCACCCACCCCACGUAUUUAAAAUAUCCACAUAAACUCUGGAAGUAGCCGCUCUUUUCCAUACAACUUUAUCAAUAUGUACGGAUGGACUGUCUUCGUUUUAACGGGAGGGAUUAGCUUCAAUUAAAACCGAAUCACGUUGUGCUGUUUUGGCCUAUAACAUUCUCCCCAUUCCCUAAUAAUCCCACUCGGCAGGCCGUGUACACAAACAAGUUCAGCGCGCGUAGGAGCCAGACAUUUACUCUUUGCAAACUACAGUGUGACAACAUUUAACUUUCAAAUGUUUGAUUUCUGCUCCACUGCUGCUUGAACUUGUUUGUUAACACACACACACACACACACACACACGCAUAGAGAGCGAGAUGAAAACGACGGCAGAGAAUAGCUCGGUAAUCGUGUUGAUGCGUCUAAACGAAAUCCAUGAUUAGUGUUGAGAGUUUGUGUAUGCCACCUUAAACCGACAAAUAUGGUGUUUGUUGUGGUCAUAAGGAAAAGGAGCUUAACAGAUAUAAAUAUAUUUCCUGACCUCAAAUCGGACUCUAUUUGAGCCAGUACACGACAGCUUUAAAAAAGAAAGCAGUGAAUGACAGCAUAUGCGAAUGACAGCUAUAUACUAUACCUACAUACAAACAGAGAGACAUUUUAUCAAUUAGUCACAUGUUCCCUCUCCCUCCCACGUGCGCGCCCAGCUCGAGUUGGCAUCCUCAUCAUUCACCUCAUCAUCAUUAUCAAAUACAUUUCACGCCAUUCAAACAGUCAAUUCGAAAUAUCAAGAAAAAAGCUUACUUUCAACUAAUGACAAUCUUCAUUUAACACAUUAUUUGCGUGUUUUCAUUCUUAUUUGUGCCAAAAAUAAUGAAUAAAUAAUGUCAAAUUAAUUAAACAUUACUAUUUAAACAAAUUUUCAAACAUUAUGAUUGAAAUGAGAGAUGAAUAAAAUGUACUUUUAACACUAGAUUCUAAGAUUAUUUACUGUCUGGUUAUUGCAAUUGUAAAAAAAAAUUAAACAAAAAAAAAAUGAACAGCUAUUCAUGUUCAUGUGAGACUAUUCACAAGCAUAUGUGUGUAAUUUGUUAAAAAUCGUAAAAUAUACAUCAUAAUUAAGUACGAGCAACUGAAAAAAUCUCGUGUGACGAAGCGACAUCAAAAUUGAGACUGAAAUCGCUCUGGUUGAGCAACAAACGAGAACGAACAAGCAGAAUAUUUCGAAUAUUUCAAUUGUGUUUAUAGGUGCACCUGUCUGAAGUGUUUUUUUUUCUUCUGAAGAAUCAACCUACAGAUCAAAUCGUAUGAAAUUUAUCAUAAUCCGACAAUAAAUUUUACUGUUCGAUAAUUUGUUCGUCCCACAGCGAUAGCAGCCAAAAAUAAAAAAUAAAAAUCUGAAAAGAAUGUUGAAAAGGUCAGAAAAACACGCAAAAGUGGGAAAACACAAAAACACCCAUCUCCGAUGUGAAGAUAUCCAUGAGUAUUUCGUUGAAUAUAAAACAAAGCAAAGGAAACUUGAGCAUUUCAUUAUUGUCUGUUCGAAUUUGCUAAUCAAAUUUUCCCGAAAAAAAUUGGAUUUGGUUCAAUAUUGUACCAAUAAUAGAUAGAUAUGAAGAAAGAAUAGAGGUUAAUGAAGUUAAAUGAUCGUUUUCAUCGAUGAAAUACCAUCUUCUCGCGCCUGAAAACCAUUCUAAUCAAAACUAUUCCAAAGUAUUUAAUUAAAUUCCAUUCAAUAGUAUCUAAUAUUCAGUGUGUGAUUAAACGGUGAAAUAAAUAAAAAUAAUAAAGUCACUUUUGAAAUGUGUGGCGCGUAAAAACAUGUUCAAAACUGAAAUCAUCGGUAAUCAAUCAAACCGUAUUUUCCGGUUCAUUUCGUGUUUGUUGAAGAAAAAUUUCACUUUUCGAAUUAAAGUUGAUGGAAACUUUGUUUUGUUCAACAUCUUCUUCGUAAUCUUCAAACAAAUCCGUUUAUCGCUGUAAUGUACUUGCUCGUGGUACAUCAAACUUUCUGAGCAAUUGCUUUUAUCAACAUCAAACAAUUGCUUAUAGCUUACAAAACGAUCAAAUCUCAACGAUUCGUUUUCAACGAUUCCAUCUCAUUGAUUCGUUAAUGUUUCUUGCAUCAGCUGAGUUGAAUUCAGUCAACAGUUUGAGCUGCUUUGUUACACACCAAAAAAAUAUGGAAAAAAGAACAACUAUUUGCAGAAUUAGUAUGACAAUAAUGUAUUAUAACAAGAAAAAGAAAAUGACAAAAAAAACUCAUCUAACAUUUUUCUUAGCUAUUUUGGGAAAUGUUUAUUAUAAAUUUUACAAAAAUCUUGGAAGAGAUCAUAGAAACCAAAAGAAAAAAAAAACAAUGAAAAAAGAAAACACAAAAAAAAUAACUAAAUAAACAACAGCAAUGCAUUAUAUGAAAACAUCUACAAUUAUCGGUCGCAUUGAGCCUUCUAAAGCGAUACUCAAGCCAUGUUCUUCAAAUUAGUUUUUAACGCAUGAAAUACUUUGAUUAAACGAAAAUGAAAAGAAAACAAAUAUUGUACGAUUUUACGUUGUGUUUUUUGUUCGUUCUUUCGUUUUCGCCGUGCUCAAAUAAGUAUUAAAAGAAUGAUACAAAAACAAUGACAAUAAAUAAAUUUUGUGAUGUAUGACAUCAGCAACAGCGCUGAACGACGAUGAUACCGCGUUGGUGGCUGUUGUUGUUGUUAUUAUUGAAAUGAAACUGAAACAAAUAACACAUGUCAAUGUAAUUGGAAUUCCAUUUUAUUGUAAAACCCACAAAUGACUAAGUAUUUCAAUUUGUUUCUUUUUUUUUCGAUUGGGAAACGUUUCGCAUUUUGAAUCAUCCCAUGCAAACAAACAAAAAUAAAUGCACCAUUUAAUCGAUGACAAUAACAAACAAAAGGAGAAUGGAAAAGGAAUACACUUUUCAUUAAUUUAAAUGUGUGAAAGGCCGGUUAUUAUAGAAAUGAUGAAAAGAUACAAAGGUGAAUGCAAAGUUAAACACAAUUAAUUGUAUUGCACCGUUCAAUUGGAUUGCAUUUGCAAUACACGGUUUGCACGAAGCAGAAGCAGAAGAAGAAGAAGAAUGAAACUAUUCAAACAACACUGACACAUCAGACAAUAAAUAUCAUUUUAUAAUCAUUUUCAAUGGGAUAAAUUACUUAAUAAUUAUAAUGGGUCCGACGAGUCGUGUUUUUUUUUAAAUCGAUAUGACCGCUCGUCGUACCUGUCGUCAUUUCAUAGAAAUAAUUGUUCGGGCUCAGAAGUGAAUUUAAAAUGAGAAGAAGAAAAACAACAACAACAAAAACAUAAUAAAGCAGCUUUAAUUUUUUGCAUAUAUGAUAUAAACUAUAUUAAGCAGAAUGGAGUUAAGAGAAUGAUGUUCACUCUUCACAUUGAAAAGUAUUGUAGAAAUGAAUGAAAGACAAUGAGAAAGUGUUGGAAAAUUGUGCCGUGUGCAAAAUGAGAGAAAGUGAAAGAAGUGUAAAAUGCACCAGAUACAAAUACGGUGAAAAAUUGGAAGAUCAAGUCAUUUGAAGUGCAGCAUGGGAGAACAAUGACAGAAAUAAGUCCCAGUGAUUAGGAGCCAGCUGAAUGUCAAUUCAAAUAUGCUUUCGGCCACGGGUCUUUUCUGUCAUCUCUUCUCCUCGUCUUGUCUGAUUCACAAAUAUCAAAUGAUUUCAUGUUCAAUUUUUUCUGCUUCGUCAAGCACCAGCACAUUCUGCACCGGACAAACAGUUUUAUUCGAAUGAUAAACAUAUUUGUUUUUUUAUGUAAACAGAAUCGAUGUUAUAAAUUUAAUCAUCAUGUUUUUUCCCUUAAAUUCGCAAUUCCUGAGAAUUAAAUCGCCAAUCGAAAUGCGAGAUGGAUCAUGAAAAUGAAUGAAGGUGGCAUUCAAGAUGAUUCGAACAAGUGAAUAAAACUGGAGCUAAAAAUACGCGUCUAGGCUAAUUUUGCCUGGCUAAGGGUCAAUUGACUUUCGCAUGUAUCUUUGAAAAAAAAGGAAAUAUAAACAUACAAUGAACCUGAAGAAAAAUAAAAGAGACGUAUGGAAAAGUAAGAAUAAAAGCUGCUUCUCAUAUUUCAGACAGACGAAAGAAAAUGAAAAUCGAAUUAACUUUCAAGUAAUUGCGAAUGAUAUCCACGCCUCUCACAUGAUGAUUACAUUUCAACUUAGCGAUUUGGUCGGUUCCAAAGAUUGAGAGAUAGAGAAUGAGAGAAAAUAAAACCAGUCCAUAUCAAAAUGAUCCCCACAUUAUAUCUAGCAACAAUAUCAAAUGAACAAAGAUAUCAACUAUAUUUCUUAUUUCGACAUUGUGACCCCAUACAAUUUUGAUUUCGAUGUGUUAAUAAAAACCAAACACAUGACAAUUAUUUUCGGAAUUAAACAUAUGAAAAUUACCCUCCGAUCAAAAUCAAUUCACAAUCAACGGCACACAUAAAUGGGUGUCGUACAUGAUUGUGUAUCACGUAUCACAUCUGAAAACAUAUUUUUUAUCCAAAGGAAACACAAACAACCUAAAUUGAACAACUCGAAUUGAAUCGUGUAAAAAUAUAUCAAUUAUUCCAAAUGAAACCAAAAUGAAAAAAAAAAACAGCAAAUCAGUUUUAACAAUGCGAGCCAGCAUUUUUCACAUAUACACACAAAGUCACCCAAUCAAGCGAAUGGAAUUUGUUGUGACAAUAACGAUGAACCACAGCCCCUGAUUUACAAAAGACUCGAGAUAAGGAAAUGGAUUAUUUAAAAAUAAAUGACAAAUAAAA